CGCGCCCGGGUUGCUUGCUGCCUCCGCGCCCUUUACGUAACGAUGCCCGAGCCCGUGAGCUGAUGGCCGCGCUCGUCUGGUGGCUGGCGGCCUGCUGCCUCGUACGCGCCGUCGCCGCCGGCAACCCCGACGCCAAACGCCUCUACGAUGACCUCCUGUCCAACUACAACAAACUAGUGCGCCCCGUUGUCAACACAACCGACGUCCUUCGCGUCUGCAUCAAGCUAAAGCUUAGCCAGCUCAUCGAUGUCAACUUGAAGAAUCAAAUAAUGACAACAAAUCUUUGGGUGGAACAGUCCUGGUAUGACUACAAGCUUCGCUGGGAGCCGAAAGAGUACGGUGGCGUGCACAUGUUGCAUGUUCCCUCAGACCACAUCUGGAGGCCUGAUAUCGUUUUAUAUAACAAUGCCGACGGCAACUUCGAGGUAACGUUGGCGACCAAGGCGACCAUCUAUCACCAAGGGCUGGUCGAAUGGAAACCGCCCGCGAUUUACAAGUCUUCCUGCGAAAUAGAUGUGGAAUAUUUUCCUUUCGACGAGCAAACGUGCGUUCUUAAGUUCGGUAGCUGGACUUACGACGGAUUUAAGGUGGACCUCAGACACAUGGAUGAGCAGGCAGGCAGUAACGUGGUGUCAGUCGGGGUGGACCUGUCGGAGUUUUACAUGUCCGUAGAAUGGGAUAUCUUAGAAGUGCCUGCUGUAAGAAACGAGAAAUUCUACACGUGCUGCGAUGAGCCGUACUUGGACAUCACAUUCAAUAUAACAAUGCGGCGGAAAACGCUGUUUUACACAGUCAACAUCAUCAUCCCCUGCAUGGGAAUCUCUUUUCUAACUGUCCUCACAUUCUACUUGCCUUCAGAUAGCGGCGAAAAGGUAACGCUUUCGAUUUCAAUCUUGAUCAGUCUGCACGUGUUCUUCCUGCUGGUAGUGGAGAUUAUUCCUCCGACGUCGCUCGUAGUGCCUCUACUUGGAAAAUAUCUCAUUUUUGCAAUGAUAUUGGUAUCAAUAAGUAUAUGCGUUACGGUAGUCGUGCUAAACGUACAUUUCCGGUCUCCACAAACUCAUCGGAUGGCACCAUGGGUUAAGAGAGUCUUCAUUCACAUUUUGCCAAGACUACUUUUCAUGAAACGACCGCAGUAUAAAUUCGACACAACAAGGUCGCGCUUCACGACUUGUGGUGUGGUGGUACGCUGCGGAGGUGCUGCGCGGCCGCUGUACCCGUAUCGGCUAGCCGCAGCCGAUGAUGACUGCUGCGCGCCCGGGGCUUGGCCGCCGCCCGCCGUACCCAGCCGCCCACUCACGCGCACGCCCAGCAAAGAAGACCUCACGAACACCACUUAUGUGCAGUCUGGGUUGGGUGACAGUAAUCGUUUUGGGGGCAGCUGUGUGGUGCACGGGUCGAGCGAAGGCGGUGCGAUCCCCGUACCCGAGGAAGAGGCUCUGAGUCCUGUUCCGGAACCACCGCCAGGCUUCAGCCAUUCCUCCUGCCCACCUGAAGUUCACAGGACAUGUUUUUGUGUGCGCUUCAUUGCUGAGCAUACGCGAAUGCUCGAAGACUCAACUAAGGUAAAAGAAGAUUGGAAAUAUGUCGCAAUGGUGCUAGAUCGUUUAUUUUUAUGGAUAUUCACGCUAGCCGUCCUAGUCGGAACGGCUGGCAUUAUUCUACAGGCGCCCACGCUCUACGAUGACAGAGUACCGAUAGAUAAGGCCUUCAAUCAAAUCGCCACCUCAACCCUAGUUCGGUGUCCACCGCCCUCAUAAUGGGGUAUAAAGCUUGGCGAAAUUCGAGCCGUAUCAAUAAACGAAAAUCACCCAUAAUCGUUUUUGUAAGCAUAUUUUAUAACAAUCAUUUAUUCACCAUAAAAUUAUUAUUACUUGACAAAACAGGGCGCAUUCACUGUGUAGGGUCUUCUAAAGUUUAUGCUUUCUUAGACGGCCUAUUGGUGCUGCGAGAAGCCAUCCUGCUUUCUGAGUCCAAGGC